AUGUAUUUUUUGGUGUAUGUAGAUGAUAUUUUGGUUACAGGGAAUGACAAUGACCUCAUUACAAAGGUAGUUCAAGACCUUAACAGCCAGUUUGCUCUGAAGAUCAUGGGUCUCAUGCAUUACUUCCUCGGCUUUGAAGUUAAGAGGAAUGGUUCUAGUCUUCUUCUAACUCAAACCAAAUUUGCUCAAGAACUUCUUGAAAAAGCUAGAAUGGAGGAUUGUAAUCCUUGCCUUACCCCUAUGGCAGUUGGUACGAAACUUAACAAGGAUGAUAGGGAGUUAUUUGAGCAGCCUACUUUGUAUAGAAGUAUUAUAGGAGGGUUGCAGUAUCUAACCUUAUCCAGACCUGACCUAGCCUUCACAAUCAACAAGCUAAGUCAGCUUUUGCAAAGUCCAACCUUAGCUCAUUGGACAGCAUGCAAACAUGUACUACAGUAUGUGAAAGGAACACUUCAUCAUGGAUUGAUUUUUAAACGAAACUCACACUUUCGUCUUGAAGCAUAUGCUGACACAAAUUGGGCAAGUGAUAUCAACGAUAGAAGAUCUACGAGUGGAUAUGCUAUAUUUCUUGGUGACAAUCUAGUUCAAUGUAGUUCCAAGAAGCAGAAAGUUGUCUCUCUAUCCUCCACUGAAUAUAGAGCAUUAAGUUAG